CCAUCUUCAUCCUCGUCAUAUUACAUAGGCUAUCAUUUUGCAUCUGACUUAAGACAUACCCGUGAAUUUUCUAGGAUUCACAUUAUAAAUAUUAUCAUUGAUUGCCCCAAGAUUUUCUCAAGUUAACCAAUUAAUAUUCUCCACAUCCCUAUUAAUGGAGUUAACUCCUAUCAAAGUCCGCGGUAAACGCCGUCUUGGUAACGAGGCUGUCGUCGCUAUACCUAAGAUGAGAUCUAAGGCCGUUGACAAAUCAAAGCUACACAAAUCUCAAAGAUCUCGCGAAUCAAAAGCAUCAUACCUCGAGAAGAUACCGCUAGAAAUACUCGAGCGUAUUCUAUGGUAUAGCGAGAACGUCAACUUGCCCCGUUCUAGCCCUCUUAUUGGACGCCUCCUAUCCGGGCGUUCUACUCUACGCGAGACUUUCAUCGUAGCCUUCCAACCUACCUGGGACGCUUGGUUUGGUUGUAUCGGCUAUAGACACGACUCUACCCUUCCUGCCGAAGGUAAUCCCGACUUCCAGUCCGGUCUCCUGGAAUAUCCAUGGACCAACAUCUCCUUUAUUCUUGAAUCCUGGGACUUUUACGUUCAAAGAUUUGCGAAGUUAGAGCAAUCUGAAACCAACCAGCCUUUUCACCUCCAACAUAUUAGGAUAUGGGGUGAUCCGGAUAACCCAGCCAACGCCAUGACAAAAGACUAUUCAAACAUAGUAGAUUCCCAAAAGGCGAGCCGCUGUUUCUUCCACGAUUAUGCUGCCUUCCGGACGAUUGAGGAGCAUAUCGGAUAUUAUCUCAGGACGUUUUACACUCAACCAAUUAACCCUACUUUUCUAGAAGUACACAAGGAUACUCGAAUACCGGAUUCCCUAUUUACCUCUCCCUACAGUGAUGAUAAGAUUCAAAAGCUGUUCUGGUUGGUUCGAGGGGGCGCUCGUUUAUCUCCUGAUCAGACGUGGGAACUUACCCUUCAGAGCUUCCGCGAUGCGGUGCCGGAAACAUUGCCUCACGUUGGCAAAGUCAAUCUCACUAUGAUCAGGCUACUAUAUACCCUAGGAGCCUACCAGACUUGGCCCGAACAUGUCAGUACUGAUGAAGCUGAUAGGAUAUAUUCUAUCCUGCGCAAAUUCAUUGGCGGGUCAACAGCUGAGAUCGCGGCUAAGUAUGAGUAUAUAUUUCGGAUGUUGUAUCGAGGUUAACUUGACCCGGCUAGCCCUUAUUCCUGGUUUAACGACUCUUGGAUAUAUGGUUUGGAUUUAGGUCCAGGUUAGAUUUUUCAGUCCUAAACCAGAAGUCCUUAGUCCACUGGAACGCAACUGUAUUAAUUAGAAGGAAGCCACUGUAUUUAACUACCACUAGUAAGAUUGAUAGUAGUUAUGCUUGUCCACUUCGUAUGCUCCUAGUCAUAAUAAGAUUGAUACACAUAACGCAAAUGCUUAGAAUACAGUGAAUGCUGA